GCUGAGCUUAUUAUCAGAGGCGGCUUCUUGUUGCAGAGACCAUUCCUCACUCUUUCCUCUGCAGAAAUAAAAACUAUCUACCUCUACAAAGGCCAUUUUAGUCAAAUUAACAGUUCCUUUCUUCUCUGUCAUCCACCUCCUUCCCUUUCUUCAAAGCCUACGCUUUCUUCCCAUUUCCUCCGAAAUCUCAUCCAAAGGACCAAAGCUACCUGCUUUCGUUUUACCCUUUUAUUAAAUUCGUAUCUGUUUCUUCCACUUUUACACAAUUCUUUAAACCUUCUCAUUGAUAGCUAAAAUUCUGUAAAGGCGAAGACUUUCCCCGACCUCCAUUGGAACCAUUGCAUGGACCGACUCACCUCCAUCACUCCCCUGCCGAUGGCGGUCGCCACAGCCAUCACUGGCGAGUUCAUAAACAACUCUCUGAGUUUCAUGCCUACAAACGGUUUGAUACCAUUCCCAACUGAUCCUGGCUUCACGAAGAGGGCCGCGAGCUACUGCUCCUUCAGCUCUGUCAACUACGGAGAUGCUCAACUUGGCAUGUUGGAGACUGGUAAGCUCUCGAGGGUCUCGAGCAGUCAGUCUCUGAAGUCAAAGGAGAACUCGUCCGUGACAGAUCUUGGUUUGAGCCCUGGUGAAAAUAAUGCAAGGAAGAGGAAGACAACGCCGAAGAGCAAAACAAAGGUGGCUGAGGAGAGUAAUUUGAAUGUGAAGAAAUACCGGUCGGCAGAGACUAGUGAUGAAAAUGUUGCCUUUCAGCUUAAGGAAGUACUGAAUGGUGAGAAAAAGCGGGGAAAAGAGGAUGGCUUAGAACUCCCUGAGCCUCCCAAGGACUACAUCCAUGUCAGGGCAAGAAGAGGCCAAGCCACUGAUAGCCAUAGCCUUGCUGAAAGGGUUAGAAGAGAGAAGAUAAGCCAGAGAAUGAAACUGCUCCAAGAUCUUGUGCCAGGUUGCAACAAGAUAACUGGUAAAGCACUAAUGCUUGAUGAGAUAAUAAACUAUGUGCAAUCAUUACAGCGGCAAGUUGAGUUCCUUUCAAUGAAGCUAGCCACUUUGAAUCCCCGGUUAGAUUGCAAUUUGACCAACGUCGUCUCAAAGGAGCCUUCUAUGGGCCAAACAAAUACUUCUUUACCAAGGUCAGUUUACCCCUUGGAUAAUUUAGCUACAGUUCCAUGUACUCACCAGUCCAACGAUGGAAGCUCUCUACAUGUUUGUGUGACCAAAGGCAUGGAAACUCAAAGUCCUUUCAGCCAGGUCAAUUAUACUCUUUCCUCUGAUGCUUUUGGAGGUACUACAUCUCAGAUUGGAAAUCUCUGGGAUUAUGAUCUUCAUAGUGUUGUUCAAAUGAGCCUUGUGCACAACCAGGAGACUGGAUUCACCUCUCAAAACUUCCAUGGGAAAUUAGCUACCAACAACAUGAAGGCAGAGCUCUGAUAACUUUUGGCUUCAUCAGAAUGGAAGAUCUCUUUUUAUGUAUAUAGUAAUAUCAAUUUAAGGUUUCGUUUGGGACGACUAUUUUGUUGCUUCUUAAAGCAGUUUUUUAGUACAAAAAUUAAAAUUUUUAUACUGAAAAGCUACUUUAAGAAGCAGCAAAAAAGUCGUCCCAAACGAAGCUUAAGUGUCUAUAGGAUGAGUAAACUGACAUUUUUUAGUCAUCCUUGAAACAUCUAUGUACUUUUUCCUUCCCCUACAUUAUGCUACUUAUUAUUUUUAGGAAUUCAGUAAGAUCUUCUAAUUCAUAGAGCAAUAGUAUCCUGUUUUGCAAUGGUGUCUGAACACCACAAGUAAGAUGCAAUAGGUUUGUGAGAAAGAAAUAACAGAGGGUGGUAAGAUAUAUGAUGAAACGGUAUUCAUUCUGUAAUAAAUUUGACAAAUAUUGUGAUUUUUUUCUUUUUUACCGUCAAUUGUGGCCAUAAUUAGAAGGCCUCCUUAAUUAG